AUGUUAAAAGAGAGAGUGUCUAUUAAUUUUUCUUUUUCCUAUGUUCUUUUUUCUUUUUUUUUUUUUUUUUUAUUAUCAUAUAUAAAAUUACAUCUAAAAAAUAAGCUUCCUUUUAAAAUUAUGCCUAUCUGUCAGCGAAAACGUUUUGUACGUCUUGGCGCGAAAAAACCAUGUGACCGUUUUCAAACUUCCUAUGAACGUUCAUAUUAUUAUCAAUAUCAAAAUCCGUGGUCGUUACAAAAACAACAACAAUAUGAUUUACAAUUUAAAACUGAUUUAAAUGCUAAAUCAAUAAAUGUAGUGGCACCUUUCGAGCAUUAUGUGUCAUCUUACAAUAAAGAUUACAAAUUGAAAUUUAUCGAAGACCGAUCUGAAACUUAUCGAAAAUCGUCAGUAGCGGCGAGACCAACGUUGAGGAAUUUAUGCGAGAAAUUUAUCAAAGAUCCAGUACGACCAUUAACCCAUUCAACGACCAGCGGGUCGACUUACGUAAGAAGAAAAAUUCCAUUCGAGUCAUUGUCAUUAUCUCAGACCAAUCCUGUGGAUGAUGCAACUUGUCCAAUAGUAAACACAGGCAAACAUGAAUUUCCUACAAUUCCUACGAACGAACUUAGCUUUUAUAAACAUUUAGAUCCAUUGGUAAGCACCACUCAUAUGACACAUAUUAAUUUUACAUCAAAUGAAAAAAGAAGUAAUGUCGUUGAGAAAAAUAUUGAAAAACGUUCUAAAUGUCAUCAUUUCCUUCCAAAAACUAUUCCUACGAAAGGUCCUUUACACUUUCCACGUUGCACUAAUAAUCCUCCUUUGAUUUAUCGGAAAAAAUUAAACGUAAUACCUUAUAAAGCAUAUACGACCACGUACAACGCGCAUUAUGAUUAUGUAUUAACGAAUUUAAUACCUUGGCACACUGUCGCAAAAUUUCCAACUGUUUUUAAAUUGUCCCGGAAUGAUGUUUAUAAGACUCCUUCGAUGUAUCGUACCGAGCAAUGUCACGUGGGCACUGGUUGGCCAAUUAGAGCAGCCAUAAAUCUCGGACCAAUUAAAUUGAGUCCACGAUAGACCGCGCAUGCGUAGAAUUUCACUAACAAUUUUGAUUAUCACGAUACAUGCUCUUAGAAAGAUCAA